CGGAACGCGCCGAGCACGUCAGGUCAGGUCAGGUUGGGUCAGGUGCAGCUCGCGCGCUGUAAGGACGCGAUUUGUAGUUUGAUUUGGUUUGAUUAAAGCGUAAGUUUGAAUAAAGACAAGAAUUGAAUAAUGCCGAAAGUAGUGUCGAGGAGCAUUAUAUGCUCCGAUACGAAAGAUCAGGAAGAAUAUAGCGAGGAGAAACCGCUGCAUAUUUAUUAUUGCGUAUGUGGCCAGAUGACACUAAUUUUAGAUUGUGCCAUUGAAAAAUUGCCACUGAGAAAAAGGGACGGAUCGAGGGUAAUCGACGGCAGCAAGCAUGCUCAUAAAAUGACUUCGGAACGGGACGAGAUUGUAUUUCUCAAACGUCCAGAGGGAAUCGAGAAGCAAUACAGACAAAAGUGUAAAAAGUGCGGUUUAUUGCUGUAUUACAAGCACGAUCCAGGGGCGAAUGUAGUAUUCGUAGUAAAGGAUUCGGUGAUAAAAAGUUCUGGGGAAGGCCCUAUGACAGACAUCUAUAAUCAAGUGGCAGUUGAGAAACCUAAAAAAAUAAUGGUUACCAAGCACACGAAAAAUAUGGGCAAAUUCAGUUCGGUUACCGUAUCCACGAUCGACGAGGAAGAGGAUGAAAUUGAAGCUAGAGAAGUCGCAGACUCGUAUGCAAACAACGCACGUAUCAUAGAGAAACAGUUGGAGAGGAAAGGCAUGAAUAAACGGAAAAGUAUACCAUCCACUGAAACAGAAUCGAAGCGUACAAGACCUAGAGGGACGUUACUGGAUGUUUAAUUUCUCAUCGAGAAUUAAUAUUUAUAGUUCUGUACAUUAAUCUACACAGUUGAAAAUAAAUUUAUUUACUAACAUA